AUGGCAGCCUCGUGCAGGGAGCUGGCCGGGGCCGGCCUAGCGCGGCCGGCGACCUCGAGUUCGCAGCCCGGCCGGAGCCGGAACGACCUCUGCUUCGCGCCGCUGCGGCAAGAAGGGCGGGGGCAUCAGGGGAGGAGCAGGAGGAGGGGGGUGAAGGUGGUGGCGGCCGUGAGCGAGGAGCUGCCGAGGCUGGCGUCGGCCGGGAAGGGCGCGGGGGCGGCGGCGAGGCCGCCGCAGGGGAAGGUGGCGCUGCGGGCGGCGGUGACGGUGCGGCGGAAGCAGAAGGAGGACCUCAAGGAGGCGGUGGCGGGCCACCUGGACGCGCUCUGGGACAUGGUCGGCCGGGGCGUCCUGCUCGAGCUCGUCAGCACCAAGAUCGAUCCCAGGACGAGCAAGGCGGUGCGGAGCGGCGGGGCGUCGAUCAAGGACUGGUGCGCGAAGCGGGGCGCCAGGGGGGAGCACGUGGUGUACACGGCGGAGUUCACGGUGGACGCCGGCUUCGGCGAGCCGGGCGCCGUCGUCGUGGCCAACCGGCACCACCGCGAGUUCUUCCUCGAGAGCGUCGUCGUGGAGGGCGCGCUGCCCUGCGGCACCGUCUACUUCGACUGCAACUCCUGGGUGCAGACCACCGGGGAGCUGCCCGGCGACGGCAACAGGGUCUUCUUCAGCAACAAGCCGUAUUUACCGUCUCAAACACCUCCCGGGCUUAGAGAAAUAAGGGAGAAGGUGCUGACAGAUCUACGAGGAGAUGGCACCGGGGUUCGAAAGAUAUCUGACCAAAUAUAUGAUUAUGCAAUGUACAACGAUCUGGGGAAUCCAGAUAGGGGGAAAGAGUUCAUCAGACCCAUCCUUGGAGGCGACAAGAUCCCUUACCCACGUCGAUGUCGGACCGGUCGUCCACCAACUGAUACUAACAUGCUAUCCGAGAGCAGAGUGGAGAAGCCGCAUCGAAUAUAUGUACCUCGAGAUGAGACAUUUGAGGAGCUGAAACAGGGAGCCUUCAUAUCAGGGAGGCUCCGAGCAGUACUUCACACCCUAAUCCCGUCGCUGAUUGCAUCAAUCUCAGCUGAAACCCACAACUUCCAAGGCUUCCACCACGUUGACAACCUCUACAAGGAGGGUCUCAGGCUCAAGCUAGGCCUCCAGGAGCACCUGUUUCAGAAGAUACCAUUUGUCCAAAAGAUUCAGGAGUCGAGCGAAGGGAUGCUUCGCUAUGACACACCUAGCAUCCUUUCCAAGGACAAGUUUGCAUGGCUCCGUGAUGAUGAGUUUGCGCGGCAAGCUGUUGCAGGAAUAAACCCAGUUAGCAUCGAGAGGCUCACGGUUUUUCCACCAGUGAGCAAGCUGGAUCCUGCAACCUACGGUCCACCUGAAUCAUCAAUUACCGAACAGCACAUUGCUGGUCAGCUUAACGGACUGACAGUACAAGAGGCAAUAGACAAGGAGAAGCUCUUCAUUGUAGACCACCAUGAUGUGUACAUGCCAUUCUUGGACCGGAUCAACGCGAUCGAGGGGCGGAAAGCAUACGCAACCAGGGCAAUCUUCUUCCUGACUCAAGGUGGCACAUUGAAACCGGUCGCGAUUGAGCUUUCUCUUCCUCCAGCCCAGUCAGGGGAGCCUCAGCCAAGCAAGGUCCUUACCCCUGCUUGUGAUGCUACAUCCAACUGGAUCUGGAUGCUUGGCAAGGCACAUGUCAGCUCUAAUGACGCCGGUGUUCAUCAGCUUGUUAAUCACUGGUUGAGGACGCAUGCUAUAAUGGAGCCAUUCAUCCUGGCUGCGCACCGGCGUAUGAGCGCGAUGCACCCCAUCUUCAAGCUCCUACACCCUCACAUGAGGUACACGCUGGAGAUCAAUGCGCUUGCGCGGCAGAGCCUGAUCAACGCCGAAGGGGUCAUCGAGUCCUGCUUCACACCCGGCCCUGUCUCCGGCGAGAUCAGCUCCGCCUACUACCGCAACCACUGGCGCUUCGACCUCGAGGGCCUCCCCGCCGACCUUCUCCGCAGGGGAGUGGCUGUGGAGGACGCCACACAGCCUCACGGCAUCAGGCUUCUCAUCGAGGAUUACCCUUAUGCAAACGACGGGCUUCUGCUGUGGUCUGCCAUUGGCAACUGGGUGGAGUCCUACGUGCAGCUCUACUACCCGGACGCCGGCACCGUCCAGUCCGACGACGAGCUCCAGGAGUGGUACCACGAGUCGAUCCACGUCGGCCACGCCGACCUCCGGGACGCGCCGUGGUGGCCGCCGCUGUCCACGCCGCGUGACCUCGCCAACAUCCUGACCACGCUUGUCUGGCUCGCGUCGGCGCAGCACGCUGCGCUCAACUUCGGGCAGUACCCGCUGGGCGGCUACGUCCCGAACCGGCCGCCGCUGAUGCGGCGGCUGCUGCCGGACCCGGAGCGCGACGCGGCGGAGUACGCCAUGUUCCUGGCGGACCCGCACCGGUUCUUCCUCAACGCGAUGCCCGGGGUGCUGGAGGCGACCAAGUUCAUGGCGGUGGUGGACACGCUGUCGACGCACUCCCCCGACGAGGAGUACCUGGGCGAGAGCCUGGACGAGGGCGCGGCGCCGUGGACGGGCGACGAGGAGGCCCUGGCGGCGCACGGCAUGUUCGCGGCCGACGUGCGCCGCGCCGAGGAGACCAUCGAGAGGCGCAACGCCGACCACGGCAGGCGGAACCGGUGCGGCGCCGGGGUGCUGCCGUACGAGCUGCUGGCCCCCAGCUCGCCGCCGGGGGUCACCUGCCGCGGCGUGCCCAACAGCAUCUCCAUAUGA